CAGAAAGCUCAGAGAAUAAUUUCCGCAGUAAAAGAUGCUGAAUCUUUGGUUUUGUGUUCCUCCUCCUCCUCCGGCGGCUGCAGGACUCAGAGCUUCACUUCAGUUUGUGUUGAACUGGACGUGGUGGGUUUUAUUUUCCUGUCUGUUCUCUCAGGUUUCCCAUCAUGCUCCAUCAUUUUUUUCUCGUGAUUGGAGCCUUGAUCUCAUUGGCUGCGCCCCUGCUCGUCGCCAUGGAGUCCUGCCCAGCAACAGCGAUGCCCGGGAUGCCAGGUAUUCCCGGUCUGCCCGGCAGAGACGGUCGUGACGGAGAGAAAGGAGAGAAAGGCGACCCAGGAGCGGAGUGGCGAGGCGGCCUCGGCCCACAGAAGGGAGAGAAAGGGGAGCCGGGGCUGAUGGGAUUUGAUGGUAAACGAGGUCAGAGCGGGGAACCAGGGCAACCAGGGAAGCUGGGGCUUGCCGGACCUCCAGGAGAACCAGGAGAACCCGGGUCGACCGGAGCCAUGGAGAAAGCCGCCUUCAGCGUGGCCAGAGGAACCAACGAAUACCCAGACAAAGCCAGCGUCAUUCGGUUCACCACAGUCAUCACCAACAUCAACGACGACUACAACACCGACACAGGACGCUUCAGGUGUCGGGUCCCGGGAACCUACUACUUUGUGUUCCACGCCUCUUUGGAGGACCGACUGUGUGUGCUGCUGAAGCUGGACAACAACCUGCUGACAUCCUUCUGCGAUCAUCGCCGUGGGAGGAGACAGGUGACCUCGGGCGGCCUGGCGGUUUACUUGUCAAGGGAUCAGGAGGUUUGGCUGGAGACAAAAGACUACAGAGGGAUGAGAGGAAAACCGAGCGGUUACAGCAUCUUCUCCGGUUUCCUGCUGCACCCUCACUGACCCAAAACCCCCUUCGCUUUUUACGAAACGCCGUUCCAGCAACACUUCAAGAUUGAAACUGCAGGCACAAUAAAGUCCUCCCUUCCUCCUUACUGACUCUUUCACCUUUUCAAAAAAUACAUACUCGUUACUUCUCAGUUUCACUUUUCAUUUACCAGAAAAACACUUUUCACUAGAGCUCGUGAUCUGCAGUGUAAUUUUGUUGCAGGAAUCAGGCACCAAUAAAAUAAAUGUCAGACCCAGAGUUUAUUUUAAUGUGUGUGUUUAUAUGACAAUACACUUUGGUCACCUUUCAGAAAGAAGGGAUUUGUCUCCACUGGUGAUUGGGGCCUUGUGUUUGUUUAUCACCUUAAAACAGAUUUAUCACUUAAUGCACAGGGCUGACUUUUUUCCAUCUUUCUUCCAUCUUCAUUGAAUCUUUGCAUUUUACAGUUGAAUGUAUCAUGCAUCACACAUCUGAUCUGAUUCAUGUGUUGAUUGUAUCUCCUCCGUCUGAAGGCGAACACAUUAUUUGAACCAUGAAAACCCAAUAAACCCAAAUAAAGAGCUGAUAAAAACCUGAA